ACAUUUUUAUUCGGCACGUGAAGGCAACACCACAACCCCACCGCCGCGGCUGGGAGGACGCAACGAUACCGACCAGGGCUGCCGUUACCACCGAUGCGAUGCCCCGUUUUACAGACGCACCCAGGGCAUAGGCACCCUCUGAGUGCCGCGGUCACUUCCGUGACAGUUUGCGGUAAGCUUCAAUAGAGAACACCCGUAGGAGCCAAGGCACCCGGUCGGCACCGGACUCGUGUGCUUUAUGUCUACCGGAGCGAAACUGGAGAGGAAGUUGGAACCAUGGGAUUCUCCCCCCGCCGUCGAUGAACUGCUCUAAGCUGGACCCACACGACUCCGCCAACCCGCCCCCGCCUGCAGUGGGGGCUCCCCUCUCCCUGUCGCCCUCUCCAGCCAUGGCGGGCUUCAAGCGGGGCUACGACGGCAAGAUCGCCGGCCUGUACGACCUGGACAAGACGCUGGGCCGCGGCCACUUCGCCGUGGUCAAGCUGGCGCGCCACGUGUUCACCGGAGAGAAAGUGGCGGUGAAGGUCAUCGACAAGACCAAGCUGGACACCGUGGCCACGGGCCACCUGUUCCAGGAGGUCCGCUGCAUGAAGCUGGUCCAGCACCCCAACAUUGUGCGCCUGUACGAGGUGAUAGACACCCAGACCAAGCUUUACCUCAUCCUGGAGCUCGGCGACGGAGGGGAUAUGUUCGACUACAUCAUGAAACACGAGGAGGGUCUGAACGAGGAGCUCGCUAAGAAAUAUUUUGCCCAGAUUGUCCACGCCAUCUCCUACUGCCAUCGGCUGCAUGUGGUGCACAGGGACCUCAAGCCGGAGAACGUGGUGUUCUUCGAGAAGCAAGGCCUUGUCAAGCUCACCGACUUUGGAUUCAGCAACAAGUUUCAGCCGGGGAAAAAGCUGACGACCAGUUGUGGAUCUCUGGCGUACUCCGCCCCGGAAAUCCUGCUGGGCGACGAGUAUGAUGCUCCAGCCGUAGACAUCUGGAGCCUCGGCGUGAUCCUGUUCAUGUUGGUGUGUGGCCAGCCGCCCUUCCAGGAAGCAAACGACAGCGAGACUCUCACCAUGAUCAUGGACUGUAAAUACACCGUGCCGGCCCACGUCUCCAGCGCCUGCAAAGAUCUGAUCGACAGCAUGCUUCAGAGGGACCCCAAGCGACGGGCCUCCCUGGAGGAGAUUGAGAACGACGCCUGGCUGCAGGGGGUCGACCCGUCCCCGGCCACCAAGUACAACACCCCCCUGGUGUCACACAAGAACCUGUCGGAGGAGGAACACAACAGCAUCAUCCAGCGCAUGGUGCUCGGGGACAUCGCCGACCGAGAGGCCAUAGUGGAAGCCCUGGAGACCAACAAGUACAACCAUAUCACCGCCACGUACUACCUGCUGGCCGAGAGGAUCCUGCGGGAGAAGCAGGAGAAGGAGGUGCAGACUCGCUCCUCCAGCCCCAGCAACAUCAAGGCCGUGUUCAGGCAGUCGUGGCCCACCCGAGUGGACAUGCACCAGGACAUCGAGGACAGCCUGGCAGCGUCCUCCAUCUCCCACGCCGGCGGCCCCCAGUCCCCGGCCCGCAGCGCCGAGAACCUGCUCAACGGACACCGCUCCAAAGGCCUGACGGAGCUGGGGCGGCGCGGUGAGGAGGCCAUGGUGACCGACUCCCCGGGUCAGCCGGCUCAGGGAGCCUGUGCUGCUGCCUCGGGGCCCACUCCCAUGUCCGGAUCCGGUCCCAGCCGGGCCCCCGCGCCAUCCACCUCUGGAGGAGCCAAGCAGCGCCCCUUCCUGUUCAGGGUCAUGGAGGAUGAGGAGGAGGAAGAGCGGAACCCGCCCCCCCUCCCGACCCAGGUGGUCCUGAGGCGCAAGCCCGCCUCCAUCACCAACCGCCUCACCUCCAGGAAGAGCGCCCCCGUGCUCAACCAGAUUUUCGAGGAGGAGGGGGAGUCGGACGACGACUUCGACAUGGACGUGGGCCUGCCGCCCAAACUCAGCCGCCUCAAGAUGAACAUGGCCGCCUCCACGUCGCCGGGGCCCACGCAGAAGCGCUACCACCGCCGCAAGAGCCAAGGCCGGGGGUCGUCGUGCUCGAGCUCGGAGACGAGCGACGACGACUCGGAGAGCCACCGCCGGCGCCUGGACAAGGACUCGGGCUUCGGCUACGGAUGGAACAGGAGGGACAGCAGCGAGGGGCCGCCCGGCAGCUCGGGGGGCAAUGGGGGAGGCAGCAGCGCCGGGCAGGGCAAGCCGCCUGGAGAGGGAGGCGGGGCCUCCGCUCCGGACAGGGGGAGUCCUCCGGGAGGGGAUGAUAAUGGGGGAGGAGGUGGAGGAGGCGGGGGAGGAGGGGGCGGCAAAGGGCAAGACAGCCCCUCCAGCUGUUGUAACAACAGCAGCACCAGCGCCCCCUCCCUCGGCUCCCUGCCGCGCUCGUCCCGCGCGGCGAGCCGCGCCACCGAGCUGGUGGAAAGCCUGAAGCUGAUGAGCCUGGUCCUCAGCUCCCAGCUGCAGCAUCAGCGCGGGGGCCGGGGGGGGCGAGGAGGCGGAGGGGGGAAGUUCAUCAUAGACCCUCGCGGCCCCCCAGCGGGCAGCGUGAAAAUCCAAGAGAAAUCCGCCUGGCGGAUGUGCAUCGGCUCCCCUGGGAGCCUGGACACCAUCACCCUCCCCACCACGUUCGCCCUGCCUCGCACACACCACCACCCCCACCACCACCACCGCAAAGCGCCGCCGCACGCCAGGGACGCUCACAGCCACCUGAGCGCUCUUAAGAGCGGCGUUCUUCAACUACCUCUGUGUGAGAAGACCAUCUCCGUCAACAUCCGGCGGGGGGGGGGCUCCAGGGACGGCCUGCUCUGCAGCUCGGCUCCGCCCAGCUGCUGCCAGGUCAUCUGACGCGGCUCCGUCCCUCAGCACGUCGGAGCCGAGCGACGCCCCCCGGCCCCGCCUCCAGCUUCCUGUCGACAGGUGGAUGUGGGGAGGAGCCGCGGCUUCAGGACGCUUUGGUUUGAUGGAAAACGCAACGCUACGAGUACCGCCGGGGGUUUAUGAGUUAAGGUUGUAAAGUUUGGAACAGGUCGUUGUAAUAAUCCAAGAAUAGUCAAAAUGUCAAACUCACAUUUCUUAUGAAAAAAGUAAUAUUUUAAGUUGCACCUUUUGAGAAGAAAGUCUGAAUAUUUCAACUUUCUAGAAAGGUUCUGACUUAAUUCCACAAAUAUGACCCAUUUGUCAUAUUUAUAUUUACAACUUUACUACCAUACUUGAUGACAUUUGUAUUGUUGAAAUAUUUCCCCUGUUAACAGCCCUCAUGUGGUACUCGUACUAUACUGUGGUUCAAAUGAACUAUUGGAACAUUUUCAGUGCUUUACUGUAGCAGGCAGCUGACCCCCCCCCCCCCCCCCCCCCCCCCCUUAUAGCCGGAUUAUAACGUGGACUGCGGUUUUAUUCUGAAUCCAUUCAGCAAGUUUUUAAUUUUUAGAUCCACGUCGCACUUCGACAAUCCGUUCAAUAGCGUCAAACCAUGGCUCCUUUGUGGGCGGGGCUCUUUCCUCGGUGGGGGGGGGGGGGGGGUUGUGGUGCACUCCUGGUAGCGACAUCAUGCAUCAACUACUGCUGACCACAUGUCUAACACGAGCUCUUCCUGUCCCCCCAUGUCUCAGUCCCACCUGCACCCACGUGUCCCCCAAAGCUUACUGUGCACGUGGGCGCAGCGUGCGCACUAUGUAUAUAUAAAGUAUGUCGAAAAGUAAAGUUUAUUUUUUAAAAAUGUGUACAUUUUUGUUCGCCGCAAUCUGCUGCUUGAAAAGUGUGUGUGUGUGUGUGUGUGUGUGUGUGUGUGUGAGAGAGAGACAAAUGAAAAGAAUCAAAAGAAUCGAGCUCAUGACUUCUCUAAAGGAGCCGGCGAUGGAGGGACGGCAGUAAACUCCUCGCUGUGCUGCAGCUGUACAGAAACCUUUUUAUUAGGUUCUGCUUUUUGUUUUUUUUAAUUCCAGACGUGUGCAGCCUCAAAACAACCACGUGGGACUGAACAGAAAAAAAAGGAUAUCUCUGUGUCUCCGUUCGUCGGUCGUGUCCCAGUUGUUCUUUUUAAAAACCAAAUGUAAAUGUUUGUAAAUGCGGUGAGGAGCUGUCAUGUGACCCGGCCUUCUGAUAGAUAGUACUACUGUAAAGAAAAACCUACGCCUGUUCAUCCUGUCAGGUCGUCCUACUCCGCUGUAUCCAGGGGAACGACGUGCAUGUGUUUCAAUGUCUGACAUUCAGUGACACGGGGGGGCGUUCAAAUGUUACUGGACCAAAAAGCAGCAGGGAGGAAAAAAAAAGUUGAAACCGGCAGAAAUAAGUGUAUUAUUCUGUAGUUGAUACCUGUCGUCAGAAGUUGCAUAUAGCUAUGGUAAUAUCAAAAAUAAAAUGUGGAAUACUGUCUCA